UUGAACUGGCGUCGCAGUCGCGUUUGCAGCAUCCAAUUUCGAUGGCAAGAAAUAAAAUGUUAUUGUUUAUUUGUACAAGUUGUUAAGUGUAUAUGCAUGUCGGGUAACUUGUAAACGAAAAAUGAACACAAUUCGUUGUUAACAGUUAACGAGCAUAUAAUGAGCGAACAUACGACUGUAUAAAGUUAAAAAAGACAAAACCAGCUUCAACCUCUGCGCAAACGCGUCGGCUAGUUUAAGUCGAGAACCGAACAAAAGCAAGGGAACACCUUAAGCAGUUUUACCUUUUGCAGCAGUGCCCCCAAAUGUCGCUGACGCGACGCUUCAGUUUGACGCUGCUGCUGCUGCUACCGCUGCUGACGUCGUUGCUUGCAGCAAUUCCGGUUUUACAGGCCAACUUGUCGCCUGCGCCGUCGUCGUCGCCUGGGCCAGGCGUGCGAAUACUGCGCGCGCCUGAAUCGACAGUGGCGCCACCUGGCGACGAGGUGGUGUUUGUGUGUGAGACCAGCUUGCCGCCGGAAUAUUUCGAAUGGAGCUACGCAUCGAGCCGCAGUCAUCCGCCACGUUUUAAAUAUUUAAAAUCGAGCAGCGCCAAAGCCAAUCAUAAUAUAACUAUUACACACAAUAAUGACAUAUCCAAGCUGCGCGUCAUUGUGCGCCCCGAGACCUUGGGCGAGUAUCGUUGUGUCGCCUGGUUUGGACCACUGGCCGUCACAUCCACCACAGCGCGUCUGGAGAUGGCCAGCAUAAGUGGAGAUGGCGCUGACACUGACCAGCGGGCGCAUUGGCGUGUUGCGGCCGGCAAUACUGUGCUCUGGCACUGUGGCCAGGUGGCUUCGAAUCCGGCGCCCAGCUGGAGCUUCUAUUACAAUGACAACGAGAUGCCACCAGCUUCUACGCUCAGCGAUUCCAAUGGCACGCUCCUGCUGCCGCAUGUUUCCGCGGCGAGCAGCGGCAGCUACAGCUGCGUGGCCACCAACACGGCAUCUGGAGUGCGCCUGGCGUUGCCCAGCCGAUUGGAACUGCAAGUGCCGGCUGCGGCCUUGGCCAGCACAGCUCCAGCACUGCUCAAUGGGCAGCGUGUGCGCACUCAGGUGUUCGCCAAGGCAGGCGAGACUGUGCUGUUGCUGUGUCCGGGCGUGGGCUAUCCGCCACCGACUGCUGUCUGGAGCAGCCCCAAUGUGCCCGGCGCUGUCUACAACAACCGGACGCGUGUGCUGCCCUAUGGACUGCAGAUUAGUGCACUGCAGCCACUGGAUGCGGGCACCUAUAUAUGCUAUCUGGACAAUGGCAUACGGCCCGCUCUGGAGCACUUCAUUGAGCUGGUCGUGCAGAAGUCGCCGCGUAUCUUGCGCCCGCCCACAGCCAAUUUGACCAACGAGGGUGAGCGCAUGCAGCUGGAGUGUGAGGCCACGGGAAUGCCAAAGCCAGAGAUCUACUGGCUGCUCAAUGGCGAAAGUAGCGUCUACGAUGUCGAAGCGGAGCAGGUGCCCAAUGGCCACCUAAUCCUGCACAGCGUGCAAAAGCGACAUGCCGGCUACGUGCAAUGCUUUGCAAGAAAUUCGCUCGGCGAGCACAGCGCCGGCACACUGCUUCAGGUCAAUCCCAAACAGUUACCGGACGGCGAGGGCACGGGCAUGGACUCGGGCAGGUCGUCCGCUCGACCCACGCACAGUCGCAAACAGAAGCAACAGACGCAAAUGGUGCCGCCGUCGGCGCCAAAUGUAACGCGGCUCUCGGACGAGUCCGUCAUGCUGCGCUGGCAUGUGGUACGCAACGAUGGCUUGCCCAUACAGUUCUUCAAGGUGCAAUAUCGUAUGCUCACGGAGAGCGGCAAGCGCAAGAGCUGGCAGACGACCAACGAAAACAUACCCUACGGAAGACAGCGUCACGAAUCGGGCGCGGGUGUGCGAAACUUUACGUCAUCUGUGACGGGCCUAAAGCCGAAUAGCAGCUAUCGUUUCCGCAUCAUGGCCGUUUACUCCAACAAUGACAACAAGGAGAGCAACACCUCCGGCAAGUUCUUUUUGCAGCGCGGCGCUGCACUGGCGCCGUUAGCCGUCCCGGAGCUGGUGGACAUUGAGGAGUACUCGCAAACGGCUGUGGUGCUUCACUGGCGUCUGUCCAGCGAUGCGGACGAGCAGCUGAUAUCCGGCUACUAUGCCUAUUAUCGGCCCUCAGCCUCCGCUGGCGAGUAUCUGAAGGCCACCAUCGAUGGCGCCAAGUCGCGCAGCUUUCAAAUCUCUGCCCUGGAGCCGGGCACCAUCUACGAAUUCAAACUGCAAUCCUUUAGCGCGGUGGCCGCCUCCGAGUUCAGUGCCUUGAAGCAGGGACGCACACAGCGGCCCAGGGCCAGUAGCACGCCGCAGCCGGUGCUGCAUGCCGUGGAUACGACCACGCCCAGCCAUAACGAGACGUUCAACAUGAAUCCAAUGCUCACGGGCACCAUUGGCGGCGGUGCCCUGCUGGUGCUGCUCGUGAUCAGCGCCUGUCUAUGCCUGUGCCGACGUCGUAGCUCGCGCGGCAACAAUCCGCAGCACAAGCCGCGUCUAGCGGAGCUGCGCGAGGACUUUGUGCCACUGAACACAUGCUCUCCCAACAAGCCACGCACACGACAUAUACACAUAACGCUGAACCCGCUGGCCCAACAGCAGCAGCAGCAGCAGCAGCAGCAGCUGCAGCAACAGCAGCACGACGAGAAGGAGGCACAGGACAACGAUAUGGGCUACUUUCAACGCCAGCCGGUUGUCUACGAUGCGGAAACGUUGGGCUUCAAUGGACUCGCACGCAUGUCGUCCUCCUCGCUACGACGCUCGCAGCGCACGCUGGAACGUGCCGCUGCCGGUGGCGGCUCCGGCGGCAACAAUAACAAUCUUAAUCAGCCCGGGGAUGGUUCGCUGGCCAACUCUGCGGACAGUCCUCGGCUGCAGGCAUCCAAUAAGCCGGGCCGUGUCAUUCUUAAGCGUGCCCGCUUGUCCAGCCGCUCGGAGAAUCUCUCAUCGGGCAGCCUAAACAGCGUGGGCGUCUAACUCGUGAUCUUUAGUCUAUAUUCACAUAUAUAUGUAUAUAUAUAUAUAUUUAUAUAUAUAUAUAUAUACCAUAUAUCUGUAUGUACGCUAUUCCUCUACCUCUACUUUUUAAACUUCAAAUGACAUCUACUUAAACAGUUUGUACUUGUGUAUACAAAUGCUUUAGCUCCUAAGUACUUAAUUAGUUUUCUACAAUUUAUUAUAUAUGUAUUACAUAUAUGGAGCGUGUUUAGCUCAAA